GGCAAUGACACAUUCUUCAAACAAACCAUGAGCUUUAUCGUGUUUUACUGGAUAUGGUGUCUAUUUGAUAACUGGCUGAUAUGGCUAAGCAUGGCCUCUCAGAGAGAACUUCAGCGGGAACUAGAGCAAGCAGAAUUGGGAGUCCGACCAUCACGACGUGAAUUUUCUUCCUCAGCUCAUAGUGGUCGGCCAAGAGAAAGGUAUCGGGAGAGGGAAAAUGGAAGAUUAGGUAAUGAAGGAAGCUUAAGAUCAAAUACUGGCAACUUGCAGUCUGAAAUUUCUGCCACUGGUUCAUCCAUGGGAGCCAUGCCAACCGUUGUUCUGUCUGGAUCUCGUCCAUUUUCAGGCCAGCCACCAACUAUCCUACAACCCCGUGACCGUCCAGAUGAAGGUGGAAGCAGCUACGAAGAAAACUUCGAUGGAAGCAAGGACUCUGGUGACACUGGCAGCAUUGGAGAUCCAGAGCUGGUGUCAGCAUUUGACAGUCUGUCUGGUGGGUUUGGGUCCAGCCAAAGGCCUAGAGGGAGCAAGUCUAGGCAGAUAAUGGAGCGUAAAGAACGGGAAAGUAGACGCGAAGGGAAGUGGGAGAGGAAGCAUUCAUGACCAAUGGUGCCGUAGAAAUGAGGUACCAAGGUAGCAAGGUUAGGAGAAAGUCUGUACAUAUGUUGAAGAUAUGCAAUGUUGGAGGUAGCCGAAAGAAGAUAAGGGAUGUGGGCUUUAGGAUAGGGGGUUUUCAGUUAAGUGAAGAUGGAUGUGAAAAAUAUGGCGUGGUUAUCCUCUUGAUACAAGUGUUUUUCUUCUUGUCUGGAAGUGUUUUGUUGUAGUUUCCACACCAAGUGAAAUGAACAUGGAUGGGAAUAUUUUCAAAUCUUUAGAGCGGUGGCUAAUAACAAACUUUAAUUUAGGUGAAGGAAAACAUUUUGGCU